AUGAAAGCAAUCAACAGUCGUAUUGAUACCGAUGAGAAUAAGAAAUUCGUAAUUCUUAUAUGGAAAUACUGGAAAUGGCUGAAAAAUCGACACGUCCGUAACUUUGAUAACAAACGAAGAAAUAACCCACUCAGCGGGUGCAGUGUCAACAACUGCGUAUUCACAGGAGACGAUAGCAAGCUAUCCACUGCUGAUGCUGUAAUCAUCCAUGUCCAACAUGGUAUAUUUCCAAACACUACAGACCGAAGCGAGAGGCAAAGAUGGGUAUUUUUGAAUGAUGAAUCUCCUUUAAAUGCAUUUUCCAUGUCACGGCUUCAACCUAAAAUAUCAGAUUUAGCUAAUAUUUUUAAUUGGUCCAUGACAUAUAGCUGUCCUGGCCAUUUUAGAUCGGACUGUAACAUCAUUUCCGGCUAUUUAUUUUACUUAGUCUUUGAGAACUCAGAAUGUGAAGAAUAUUUGACCGAGAAAUGUUUCUACAAUGCGUACAGUAAAGGUGCUAUACCAGUGAUAUUGGGCCCAACUGUGGAGAACUGCAGAUUACUGUUACCGCCAAAUUCUUUUCUUCAUAUAGACAAUUUUGAAAGUCCUGAAGAGUUAGCGAAGAAUAUAAUAGAAAUAAGUAAAGAUGAUAAUAAGCUUUUAUCAUAUCAUCGUUGGAGAAACGACUUCGAAGUCGUCAACGAACAUGGCUAUUUCGGAUCCAAAUCCUAUCAUCUAUGUAGAAUAUGCGAAGCAUUGAAUUACAACGAUCGAAGUAACAAAGUUUAUACAGCGGAGAAUUUAAGGAAAUAUUUUGAUCCUAAAUUUUCUUGUAGA